CGGGAAUCGAGUCAUUUCCGCCGUGUGGCUCGUGUCUGUUGUUUAUGGAAGAUCCAACAGUGUAUGGUCCUUGUGCAACAGGUGUCUUGAAUCAUGAAGCAGCUGUCUGCUGACACCGUGCGGCUGCUGUCCAGCUCGCAGGUCAUCACUUCUGUAGUGAACGUUGUGAAAGAACUGCUGGAAAACUCCCUGGACGCUGGAGCUUCAAGCAUUGACGUUAAACUGGAGAACUACGGCUUGGACCGGAUAGAAGUACGUGACAACGGCCAAGGAAUCAAAGCUGCUGAUACGGCUGUGAUGGCCGUGAGACAUUUCACCUCAAAGAUCUGCAGCCACGAGGAUCUGGAGCAACUGGAGACGUACGGUUUCCGAGGAGAGGCGCUGGGCUCCGUCUGCGCCGUUGCCGAGGUGGCCGUCACUACAAAGACCGAGGACGAUGACAUCAGCACCCAGUACACACUGAACUGCACAGGAGGCAUCGUCUCCCAGAAGCCGUCUCACUUAGGUCAAGGAACAACAGUGAGCGUACUGAAGCUUUUCAAGAAUCUUCCAGUGAGGAGGCAGUACUAUUCCUCCACAAAGAAGUGCAAGGAGGAAGUGAAGAAAGUGCAGGACCUGCUGAUGGCCUACGCCAUUAUAAAACCUGACCUGAGGCUCACGCUCGCUCACAACAAGGUGGUGGUUUGGCAGAAGGCCAAGGUGGUCGAUCACAGAAGCGCCCUCCUCGCUACACUGGGGCCCGGUACUGUUGCCAACCUGCUCCCUUGCCACCAUCGCCAGGAGCAACCAGAGAUUUUUCUAGACGGUUUUUUUCCGAAGCCUGGAGCAGAUUACUCUUCUACAAGCACGUCAACACCUGACAAAACAUUCAUAUUCGUCAACAACAGGCCUGUCCACCAAAAAGAUAUAAUGAAGCUGUUGCGUCAACACUACAACGCUCAGUAUCCCGAUGACCGAAAUCGAUAUCCCACCCUCAUGCUUAAAAUCGUUGUUUCGCCUUCCUCGGUGGACGUCAACCUGACACCAGACAAGACCCAGGUUCUCCUUCAUAACAAGGAGGCUGUGCUGACUGCAGUAGAGGCUUUACUGGUUUCUCUGUAUGGCUUUCGGCCCAGUGGCGACCCCCCACCGGAGAAGCAGCUCAGCCAUGAAACAUCUUCACCAUCUAGUCCUCUGCAGACCGAUGCUUCACAACCGGGCGACGAGACGAGCGUGGAGAGGGAUGUCACACCCGACGACCGCGGCGGUGAUGUCCUCGAAGAUGCACCCGAACGCUGCGACGCGGCUCUGUCGACAGCCGGGAGCACCGAUGUUCCACUGAACAGUCAGACCUCCAACGGCAGCUCCUCAUCCUCUAUAGCGGAGGACUGGAUUGUCAACCAGAUCCCAGAUGGGCUCGAGUCUAACUUUUCUCUUUAUGAUGAUGAAACGGCUAAUACAGGAAGCAGAUCCCCCGAGAGUUGCGAGGACAAUGGCGUGUUAGACGCAGACACAAGUAAAGACGGUCUAUCAGCUGAGGACUGGAGCAGGGGGACGGCUCUGACGGACCCCGUGUCAGGAGAACCCCUUCAACCCGUCGAAAUCCAUCAACCCUCAAAGCACAAUCAUUCAGACACGGAUGAGAUCAAGAGCAGCUCAAACAAAAAGGUGUUCAACGUGAUAACGGAAAAGCGGGCCGCUCUGACGGCCUACGACCUGAUCAGCAACCGAGUCAUGAGGGCACCGCUGUCUCCCGCCGCCCUCUACGAGAAGGAGGUCAGAGCAGAGGUCCUCAGGGAGAAACCCACAGCCAGCCUGCAGGAUAUCAGCGUCGCCGUUCACGAGAGAUGGAAAAAUCUGAGGGAGGAAGACCGUAAGAAGUAUGAGGAGAAAGCAAAAAAACACCUGGAACACCACAACCACAAGACCAAGUUGGCCUCCGCCGAAGGUCCCAGAGAGACGAGCGCGAGCACCCCGAGAGGCCACGCGCAGGGCCAGAAACGCAAGGCCCCGCUCUCCAACCAGCAGCUGCUGGACGAGCUCUUCUCCGCUCAGCCCCAGAAGAAGAUGAGGAACCCUGCGCCUAAACCCUCACAGCCCCUCCCCUGCAGCGUGGCUGCCCUUCGGCUGCAGCUUCAGCGCCUCUCAUCCCAGAGCAGCGCAGCACCGCGGGGCCUCCGUCUUGUAAACCGGCUGGCCUCUCAGAGCGCCUGGGUCAUUUUAUGUGGUCAGAGGCUCAUGUUGUUAAACCCAUUUCGAGUGGAGGAAGCCUUGUUGUUUAAGAGACUUCUAGAGAAUAAUAUACUUCCAGCAGUGAGUCUGCAGAACCCUAUACAGUUAACAGAUGGGAGUCUCGGGGGAGCUGAGUAUUUCGAGGCUUUGUGCUACAUGAAGAAACAAAACCCUGAUCUGAACGGAACGACGUUCAUCUCUGAUCCCAGAAUCGUGGCUAACGGGUUUAAAAUCAGACUCACUCCAGGCCUCACGUCAGCCGAGAGACAUCUGGAAGUGACAGCUAUGGCAGACUGCGUGCCUUUCCUCGGCGUGGAGGACCUCAGGGAGAUCCUGACUGCAGUUCUUCACAGGAAGGCCAGCACCGUGCAUGAGUGCCGGCCACUUAAAGUCACAAACUACCUACAAGGUGAAGCGGUUCGACUGGCCCGGCAGCUGCCCUCACAUUUAUCCAGAGAGGAUGUGCAGGAGACGCUUCAGCGGAUGGAACAGCAGCUUGAUGAGAACAACCGGACCUGUUUCCAUGGACGACCGUUUCUACAACACCUAACUGACAUCCCUCGUACAGACGAGGAAGCCGAGGCUCUGCUCAAGCCUUUAGAGCUGUAAAAACACAGACACCUUUUUUUUAUUUUUAUGAAAAAAUAAAGGAUAAGACUGGCAUUUUUCUGUAUCAGAACCAAAAAAACAAUGAAUUGAUCUACUUAUAAGUAUUGUGUAUGUAUCCAAAGCCUGAUAUAUCUUAUUCCUCUGUGCUGUAGACCUUCAUUGUUGUCCAAAAACUAAAAAAAAAACACGUCAGUUAGUCACACCUUGUCCCCUGAAGGCAAUUGCUACUGUAGUUUGUUUAGACAUGGCUCCAAAGACUUUUAACAGCAUUUUCAGUCUCAGGAGAGAAGUUCCUUGUACGGCAGAUGCUUGGCUAGCUUGUUUGUGCUACAUAUCACAACCUCAUGCUACACUGUAAAUUCGACCGUAAUCUUAGUGAUGAAGGAAAAUGUCACCCAGUGCAGCGAUGUGGCUAAUUGAUGUGUUUUUAAUAUUUUUUAGACACAAACGGAGGUCUUACGGCACAGAGGAGUAAGAUAUAUCAGGCUUUGGAUACACACACACACACACAACACUUAUAAGUAGAUUAAUUAAUUGUUUGUUUUGGCUCCGCUCAUGAGAUUUGAUGACAACAAGAGAAAUACAGAAAAUCACCACUAUCCUUUCAACAGCAGUGCAAUAUCAGUGAACAUCUGUGUCUUUUUUAUGCAGCAGAUUAUUGUAAACUACCUGAAUUAUUUCGAUUCUCCUCUAAUUCUGUACAACUGUGUUUCCAACAGAGUAUAAUAAAUUUAUAUUUGUACAUUUGUA